AUGCUUCACCCGCUCGCUAUCCUAUCCGAAGAGGAGACCAACUUAGCCCGUGACGUUGUCAGGGCCGCUCACCCUGACACCAUUAUUGACUUCCGCGAGAUCUACCUACAAGAACCUCCGAAAGGACAGUUACUCGAAUUUCUAGCCAUCGAGCAUGCCGGUCGCUUGAGUCCGACAACACCUCGCCCCCUACGUCUGGCUUUGUGCCAGUACGAUGUCAUUGGCGCCGACCGAAUCCCCUCCUACCAAGAAUCCGUCGUCGAUGUGGUCACACGCUGCCGAGUCAAGCACCACAUCGUGGGCAAGCAACAUCAUGCAGCGCUCACCUUGUCUGAAUUCGAUACUCUGGUGGAACAGUGCAUGAAAUCCCCUCUGUUUCAGCAGGCGAUCGCAGAAUUUGACCUCCCCGCGGGAUUUGAGGUGGUGAUCGAGCCUUGGCCGUAUGGUGGCUUGGACAAUACCGAGGAAAACCGGCGUUACUUCCAAGCACUGUGCUUCGCCCAAGACAAACGCUCUGGCAAUGAAGAUUCCAACUUCUACUCGUUCCCCCUUCCCGUCAUCCCAGUUAUGGAUGCCCAUACACAACAGAUCAUUCGGGUGGAUCGACCUGCCACUGGUGGUAAGGAAGAUGGUCUUGUGGAGCAAACCUUUAAGCGCGAUAUCAUCGGGCACUGCAAACCGUCUGAAUACAUCCCCGAACUUCUUCCUGGGGGAACACGAAAGGAUCUGAAGCCAUUAAAUGUCGUUCAACCUGAAGGGCCCUCCUUCCGGGUUACAAACGACUCUCUUGUGGAGUGGCAAAAAUGGCGUUUCCGUGUUGCCUUCAAUCCGCGUGAGGGCGCUACUAUUCACGAUGUCUGGUACGAUGAUCGCAGUGUCAUGCAUCGUCUGGCGAUCAGUGAAAUGACCGUUCCCUAUGCUGAUCCCCGACCACCCUUCCACCGCAAGCAAGCAUUCGAUUUCGGCGACGGAGGUGGUGGUAACAUGGCAAACAACUUGUCUUUGGGAUGUGACUGCCUCGGAGUUAUCAAGUACCUUGAUGCAGUAAUGACCCAACCCGACGGUACCGCCCAGAAGAUGCCCAAUGCCAUUUGCCUUCACGAACAGGAUAAUGGCAUCGGCUGGAAGCACUCCAACUGGCGCACCGGUCGCGCUGUCGUUACUCGCCACCGCGAGUUCGUCGUUCAAUUCAUCAUCACCUUGGCCAACUACGAAUACAUAUUCGCCUACAAGUUUGAUCAAGCGGGUGGUAUCACAGUAGAGUCGCGUGCUACUGGCAUCCUCAACGUUGUCAACAUUGAUGCUGGCAAGGUCAGCGAGUACGGAAAUGUCGUCAGUGGUGGUGUCCUAGCUCAGAAUCACCAGCAUAUUUUCUGUGUGCGUAUCGACCCAGCCAUCGAUGGACAGAAGAACUCCGUCGUGGUAGAAGAGUCGCACCCAGUCCCUAUGAAUGCAGUGACCAACCCCAAUGGAAACUUCUACCAGGUUAUCAAGGAGACCGUCAAACGUUCCUCUUGGAUCGACGCUGCACCACAACUGAAUCGGACCAUCAAAAUGAUUAACCCUCGUAAAACAAACCCAAUCAGUGGAAACCCAGUUGGAUACAAGUUCAUUCCCUUGGCCACGCAGACAUUAUUGGCGGACCCAGAAUCAGUACAGGCACGCCGGGCGCAAUUCGCUCAACAUCAUGUCUGGGUUACCAAGUACCGUGACAACGAACUGUACGCAGGUGGUCGAUACACACUUCAAAGUCAGGUCGAAGUUGACGGUGUCUCUGAUGCUGUUCGCCGUGGCGAUGCGGUUGAAGACACAGAUAUUGUGGUAUGGAAUACAUUUGGCAUCACUCACAAUCCUCGUGUUGAAGAUUGGCCUGUCAUGCCCGUUGAAAUAUUCCAGCUCAUGAUCCGUCCUGCUGACUUCUUCACGGCAAAUCCCUCCAUCGACGUGCCCUCCAACAAGAACGGAUCUUCCAGACUGGCUGACUCCGAGUGCUGUAGGAAGGCACACAUAUAA